UCUAAUUUGUGACUUUAGUUAUCUUUUCUUGUUUUUCAUUUAUCGGUUUGGUUCGGUCACAUGCACUACUGUAAGACACAUAAAUAUGUCGGGAGCAAUGACGUAAGCAGAGGCCGGAUUAGCACGAAACCACCGGUGUUUGCCUCUGAGCCCUUUUCUACCUCUCCACCCUCAUUCCUUCCAUGUGCCUUUCCUGACCCAGCGAUGGAUGCGAAGGGAAUAAUCUCCCUGUACAAGACUGCAACAUCCCUGGGGAUUCCUUCUUUGAAAUCAGAGAGAAAACUAUUAAUCUUCUCCAAUGUCUGCCAAGCCAAAAGUGUACCAAGGAGUUAAGGUUAGAAUGACUGUGAAAGAGAUGCUGGAACAGCGGAGGGCGCUACAAGCAGAAAAGACCGCCUCGGAGUCCAGGCAGAACAAAAUGCAAGUUGCACAUCCAAUCCCUCCUCCUCUUUCUUCAGAAAUGAUAAGUGCACGUGAACCUACAUCCUGUGUGCCCACUUACCAAGAGAACAGACAGCCUUCAGUCUGUGGUGCUCUGGAGGAAAGUUUAAUGGAUGCCUACCUUCACCCUGAGCCUCUCACAGACUCCAGCUUUACUAUAUUCCAAAACCAGUCUUUGUGCUUCCAGGAAGAAACCUUCCAGCCUUCUCCCAUCUUCUAUCAGAACAUGACUCCAGAAUCCCCCUCAGAUUCAUCCGAUAUGUCAAACUCUUUUGAAUACUCACCGAGUUACCAAGGUCUAGAGUUUGUAACCCAGAACUAUAGCUCUCCUUCUCCCCAAGACAACAACAGCUGUGCAUAUGCUGAUAUGGAUUAUCCUGUUUAUCAGCACCAGAACAAUUCCACAUGUUGUUACUGUGCUUAUUGCUGCUCAAUGGACUAUCAACAGCCACUGAACACACAGGAUUCUUGUGCUUACACUAAUACAGACUAUAUGGGAUAUCACACCCCCUCGGAGGAUUUCCUUACCAGAGAACUCAACAUCUACAACAUGUACAGUUAACCACUGACUAGAGCCUUACCCUGUCAAGCAAUAAUUACAAAAUACUUUAAUGAAUUGAAAUGAUUGUAUUGAUAUUUGUAUACUAGCGUCAUAGUGAGCAUUCUUAUCUGUAAAUUCAUCAUUGCUACAAUAAGAUAAAAACAAUACAAAAAAAUAUGUCAAUGCACAAAAUUCUAGGAACCCUCCAGGAAAGACUAUAGCCAGCUGAACAUUUCAAUUUCAUAUGGGACAUCCAACAGCACAGAAUGUUAGAUUUCUGCACUAUCCUUUGUUGACAUGUGUUCCCUCCUCUCCUCAUUGUAUGUCUGUGGGGAGUCGGAAGCCUGUUGGUUGAAUACUGACUCAUAAGUCUGACUAGCACUGGGCAAUGCCUAAUUUCAGAUUGGAGGGGAGUCUCUGUGUCAUGCAUCACCCACUGAACUCCUGCAUCAGGCAUAAUACAAUAGGGAAGAUAAUCAAAACUGGUUACACCAAAAAUAAAAAAUAACAAUUUUAUUACAUGACUUG